AUGCUUACUACACUGUUACUAUUAUCAUGUGCAUUUUUCAGUGCUUCGGGUGAAAAAGAAAAAUGCAAAAUUACAGACAAGCAAUGCAUUGUUUUGUUCAGCAAUUCUGUCUUUGAAAAAAUAUUCGAAGCUGAUAAUAAUCAAAACAUCGAUCCCAUGCAUAUAGAGUUCGUAGAAGGAAAUUUUCCUGACCGGAAGAUCAAGUUAACAAAUAUUUCCAUGACUGGCUAUAAUACCUGUAAAGUCUUCGAUUUAUAUUGGGACAUAGAACAAUCUUUAUUGAACUUAGAAUUUUACUGUUUGGGUUUUUCGAUUAAUGGACAAUAUGAGAUGUCUGGACUGGCUGUAACAGUUCCUACUGAAGAAAAAGGAAAAUUUACUAUUGAUACAAAAAGCUACAAGUUAAUGCCGAACACAACAUUUGAACUUGUGCAAACUGUUGGGAAUAAAACUCUUUUUCAUCUUAAGGACUUCAACGUCAAGGUGUCGCCAUUGGAGAAAGUGGCGUUACAUUUCACGAAUCUUUAUAACGGGCAAGAAAUACCAAGUGCCAAAUUUUUAGCACAAGAGCACUGGAGAAAUAUUGUCUACACUCUUCAAGAUAAGUUCGCCUCAACCUGCUUCAUGAAUGUAUUUGUAGCUUUAAAUAAACUAUUUACGACAAUGCCAUUGGAAGAAUAUUUCGAUUUGUAG